AUGACGGGUCAGCGCCCCGGCCUCCUCUUCCCCCUGGCUCUGCUGGGACUCUUGGUAGGACUAGCCGACCUCAGCCAGGGCUCAGCGAGUGAUGACGAGGACUACUACAUGCAGGAGUUGCUCACCAGGGAGCAGUACGCCCGGGUCCAGAUGCCCGAGGGGCCCGAGGGCCACGAGCCGCCCAAGCAAUACGGCAAGAAAGCGGGUAAAGGAAAAGGAGACAGCAGCAGGCAGACAGACAAAUCGUCCAACAAAAAAGCAGACAACAAGAAAGGCAACCAGAAAAGCCCCAACGGAAGCAACGAGGGUGACAGACAACCAACGCGAUAUAAAGGUGUUGAAAUUUUUGGUUUUCAUCUUUCUUCAGAGUGCCCCCCGAUGGGACUGGAGACCCUGAAAAUCGACGACUUUCAGCUUCACGCAUCCACUACUAGACGCUACGGUCUCGGUGCUCACAGGGGUCGUCUCAAUAUACAGGCCGGCCUUUACGAGGACGACCUCUACGACGGGGCCUGGUGCGCCGGCAGGGACGACCCGCUGCAGUGGCUGGAGGUGGACGCCAGGAGGCUGACCAAGUUCACGGGGGUCAUCACACAAGGCCGCAGCUCCCUCUGGUCGAGCGACUGGGUGACCUCUUACAAGGUGAUGGUGAGCAACGACAGCCACACAUGGGUUACAGUGAAGAACGGAUCUGAGGAUAUGAUUUUCAGAGGAAACCGGGAAAAGGAGAUUCCAGUGCGUAAUAUCUUUCCCGCUCCGUUGGUGGCCCGUUACAUUCGAAUCAAUCCUCAGUCGUGGUUUAGCAGCGGCAGCAUCUGCAUGAGGGCGGAGAUUCUCGGAUGUCCUUUGCCAGAUCCGAAUAAUUAUUAUCAUCGCCGCAAUGAGGUUAUAACAACCGACGAGUUGGACUUCAUGCUUCACAGUUACAAAGAAAUGCGGCAGCUCAUGAAGGUGGUCAACGAAAUGUGCCCCAACAUCACUCGCAUCUAUAACAUAGGCAAAAGCCACGGCGGCCUCAAACUGUACGCCAUCGAGAUAUCUGACAACCCUGGCGAGCACGAAGUGGGUGAGCCAGAGUUCCGCUACACGGCCGGUUCCCACGGCAACGAGGUGCUGGGUCGCGAGCUGCUCCUCCUGCUCAUGCAGUUCAUGUGUUUGGAGUACCUGUCGGGGAACCAACGGGUCCGACGCCUGGUGGACGAGACCCGCAUCCACCUGCUGCCAUCCGUUAACCCCGAUGGGUACGAGAAAGCCUUUGAAGUGGGUUCCGAGCUUAGCGGCUGGUCUCUGGGCCGGUGGAGCAACGACGGCAUCGACAUCCACCACAACUUUCCCGACCUCAACUCCAUACUGUGGGAGGCCGAGGCUAAAAAGUGGAUCCCUCGCCGGAUGGCCAAUCACUACGUGUCCGUUCCAGAGUGGUACCAAUCAAAAAACGCCUCGGUUGCCAUAGAGACACGCGCUCUAAUCACCUGGAUGGAAAAGAUCCCCUUUGUGCUGGGCGGCAACCUUCAAGGGGGUGAGCUGGUGGUGACCUUCCCUUACGACAAGACCCGCUCACAGGGCGUGACCCGCGAGCAGACGCCGACGCCUGACGACCACGUGUUCCGCUGGUUGUCCUUCGCUUACGCGUCCACCCACCGCCUCAUGACGGCCGCCAAUCGCAGAGUGUGCCAUCGGGAAGACUUCGCCAAGGAGGACGGGACAAUCAACGGAGCGUCUUGGCAUACGGCGGCAGGCAGCAUGAACGACUUCAGCUAUUUGCACACCAACUGCUUUGAGCUGUCAAUGUACGUGGGUUGUGACAAAUUCCCUCACGAGAGCGAGCUGCCGGAAGAGUGGGAGAACAAUCGCGAGUCUCUUCUCGUCUUCAUGGAGCAGGUGCAUCGUGGGAUUAAAGGCAUGGUGCGGGACCUUCAAGGCAACGGAAUCGCAAACGCCACCAUCGCCGUGGACGGCAUCAGCCACGACAUCCGCACAGCUGCUGACGGGGACUACUGGCGCCUGCUGAACCCGGGAGAGUACCGAGUGACGGCUCGGGCCCCGGGCUACAGCAUGGUGAGCAAGAAAUGCGAAGUGGGCUAUGAGAUGGGGGCCACCCGCUGCGACUUCACGUUGGGACGUACCAAUCUGUCUCGCAUCCGCGAGAUCAUGGAGCGAUUCAACAAGCAACAUGGUAUCAAAGCGCCCACUAGGGCGCUGCAAGCUCGCCGCGCCGGAUGA